CCCUUCUCAUCCCUCUUCUCCCUCUUCUCAUCUUCAACCCAUAGCUACCACUCAAGCUUCCACCCAAAGGUUCAAGAUACCUCUUCCAUCAUAUCUUCCCUUUGCAUUUUAUUAUACUGCAAGCGUCAAGAAGUCGAUUGCACACAUCAGAUCCGAAGUUUUUUUUUGAUCACCUUAUCGAGGAUAUUGUUUUUCAGCUUCCAUUCGUGGAACCUUUAUCCUUUCCACUUCGCUUCCUUCCACCAAACCACUCGUCUAAGAAGACGCUUCAUUUGAGCCGAAUCAAGCCUUCUUUCGGUGUUCCACGCCCUCAUCCCACACCAAUACUAUCAUCUAUCGACGGUCGAAUCAGACCGCAUUUAAGAUGGAUCAGAACGUUGGUCGAAGACUUGCACCUCAGGAUCAAGUUCUGGCGUCACACAUGGCCCGGCUCGACCUGAAGAAAGACCAGGCUCGAAGUGCUCAUGCCGCUCCUGCCAUCGCCACAGCCGCUGUGCGUGGCAGCAGUGGGGGCAGCAUGAGCAGCAGGAGCAGUAAGGGCGGUCUUGGUCGUGGCGGAAGCACAGUCAGAAGAGCGUCAGCUGCAAACUCUCACGACAACACUCUCGAAGCUGGCCCUGUUGACCAGCUGGUCUGUAUUGACGCGGAACCUUCCAACACUAGUACAAUGGCAAGAACAAGCCAUGGCAGAGGCUUUGAAGCCAUGCGUAUGCUUGCUGAACAACGGGGCCAAGUCACGCAUGCACCUCACGAACAAGUAAUCUCGCGAUUUGCAAAGGAGUUCUACAACCUACCAUCCAAUUAUGCCGGCGACCCGUUGAACCUUCGCAACCAAAGCACACCAGUCAAAGACAACGAGAAUACUGCGCUAUUCAUCACUGGGCUUCCGGCCAAUUGCGAUCAUACUCUGCUGCUUAAAGCUGUUGCUGGCUGUGCUCCAGUAGGCAAAGUAUACGCCACGGUCAUCAACGCUCCAAAGCCGAUUGAAGGCCGGCUUCUUACCGCAGCCAAGUUGGUAUUUUUCAGCCGCGCUGGCGCCGAGAAUUGCUUCAGGGCCAUCAAGCAGAGAAGGCUCAUUGUCGGAGGACUCCGUCCCAGAGUUGUCUGGAACCGGAUCAAGUCGGCCGCACAGCCCAACAACAGCAGGUCCCGAGUCAUCCUAAUUCGAGGCCCAUCUGAGCUGGUCAGGCGCGAUGUGCUGGAUCGCUGGUUCUCUAAGAAAUUCAGUUACCAGACUGAGGAUGUUUUAGAACGCCGAGUACCACAAGCCGGAGUCACAGUGCUUGAAUGGCGGUUUGGAAGCUUCCGAGCCCAAGCGGAGGCCGCCACGAUGUUCAUGUGUGAAAACGAGCUCGACGGUACGAAGCUGGAAUGGCGUUGGGGAGUGGACCCAUGCGCCUGAUCUCAAGCUCAUGAAAGUACGGAUAGAAGGGGUCGUAGAAGGACGGAUUGAACGGCACGGGAGGUGCGGGAAGCCAGAAGGUUAAUGUUGGUGAGGCUGGCUGGAUGGAAGUGGAUAAUGUUUUGGGUGUUUUGGGCGUUUUGGGAUUUCGUUUUUAGAAGAAAAUACAACCAAAGACCCUUUUACGGUCAACCAAAAGAGGAUGUGCACAAGGAUAUGCAUUGGAAGCACAGAGGUGAAUGCAGGCGGAUCAAAGAAGCUUUUGCCAAGGGGCAAGCUGGGAUGGAACGGUUCGCUC